CUAUCUUUGGCAAAUGCAUUUGGUUCUGCUUCCAACAUGGUAGCAACUUCUCGUGAUUCCAAAGGGUUAUUGAUAAUGAAAUACUCAAGAGCUUUUGCAAUUUUGGAAGAACUAGAGACACUUGGUUGCAGCAUUGUACAUGAAGUUGAUGCAUAUAGUGUCCACAAGCACCCAAUGUUACAAAAUAAAGCUUUUGAUCGUAUAGUCUACAAUUUCCCUCAUGCUGGAUUUGAUUUGGCUGAGAAUAAUUUGAACCAAAUUGGGAUUGAUUCCAAAAUGGAAGAAAGAUGGAUAAAACAUUAUAGUAGCUGCCACAAGAUAUUGCUGGUUGGAGAGGGAGAUUUCUCUUUUGCACUCUCUUUGGCAAGGGCAUUUUGCUCGGCUUCCAACAUAGUUGCAACUUCUUUUGAUUCGAAAGUGUCAUUGCAGGUGAAGUACUCAAGAGCUACAAUAAAUCAGAUAGAACUAAAGAGGUUCGGUUGCACCAUUUUGCAUGAAGUGGAUGCCCUUACCAUGGACCAACACCCGUUGUUGCUAGGGAAAAUAUUCGAUCGCAUAGUCUUUAAUUUUCCUCAGGAUAUAGGAUUUGCUUUUCACAAAAUUCAGAAUCACCAGAAGUUGGUGUUGGGUUUUCUACAGAAUGCAAGGAAGAUGCUAAGUCGCGACGGGGAAGUUCAUGUGACACUAAACUGUACCCAUCCUUUUAAUAAAUGGGAAGUAGUGAAAUUGGCAAAGAAAGCUGGUUUGGUAUUGGUUAAGAAGGUGCCAUUUAAAAUGCAAGAAUAUCCAUGUUACACUAAUAGAAGAGGAUCUGGACUCAAUUGGGAUGGAAAGUUUGAUGUUGGUUAUUAUUGUAGCACCUUCAAGUUCUCGAAAGCAAAAAAUGUUCAAUCUUUUGUGGCAAUAUCAGAAAUAUCAGUAGACCCAAAUUCACUGCAGUUAAAAGAUACAAGUGAAUGUGAAUUGAAGUUGUCGAGUAAAAAUCAGACGGUUCGCGUUUCAACUUCAACAAAUUUGAUUGAAACCACUAUUUAUUCUCCGAUCAACACCACAACAAAUUCAAAUUUAAUCUCAAUGUGCACAAUUUUAUGAAGAAGCAAAGAAUGC